AUGGCCCAUCCCAAGUUGAUAGCUUAUGCAUUGUUGGUUUUGCUUCUUGUGGAUCUUGCUUUUGCUGCUAGACUUGGGAAGGUUGCCAUUGGCGCAGGAGGAGGAGGACGUGGUGGGAAGGGGCGCGGUUCAGGUUCUGGUUAUGGUUCGGGGAGUGGCUCUGGACAGGGUAAUUAUGACGAGGGACAUGUAACCGGGGGAGGGGGAGGUGGAGGUGGAGGUGGAAGUGGUGGUGGUGGUGGUGGUGGAGGCUCAGAGUUUGGUAAUGGUUCAGGAUACGGAUAUGGAUCUGGUUACGGCUCAGGCUAUGGCUCAGGAACAGGAAAGGGAGGAGGUGGUGGAGGAGGUGGUGGCAGAGGUGGAGGAGGAGGCGGAGGUAGUGGAGGAAGUGGUUCAGGCUACGGAAGCGGCAGUGGUUCAGGAUAUGGAAGUGGUGGUGGGAGAGGAGGAGGCGGAGGAGGUGGUGGUGGUGGUGGAGGCGGUGGAGGUGGAGGUGGAGGUCAUGGUGGUGGUUCUGGAUAUGGCUCAGGUUAUGGGUCUGGUUAUGGAUCAGGAUAUGGUGGCGGUGACGGAAGCGAGGAGCCAUGAACUACUGCAAAUGCAUAGGACCAUCUCCUUCAUACUACCAUUCCAUCAUCAACAUCUGUAAUUGCAAAAAUAAGUUGCAUGCUUGUCUUAUUUGCAUGUAGGUAUUCUAAAAUACUUGUGAUAUCAUUCUGUACUACUAUUACUCUAUCAUUUGAAUAACUUUUUGGCA